AUUUAACAACGUAUUAUGAUCAGCAUUGAACUACUUCCGCAUGUAGCGAGUUUUAACAAGUAAAUCUCGUCUCAUUACGAGAUAACGUUUGUGUUGGCGCCAUUUACAAUUUCAGCUGUUGUGAUUUUGUCAACGUAUUUUUUGCAAAAUGGUUAUGCGAAAUCAACUAACUGCUAUAGCCGCGAAAGAGGAUCCGCUACAGCUUGUUGCUUUUAUGAUACAAACCAAAAGUAAUUCUCAUACAGAAUGGGAGGAAGUUCUUAGUGGUUACAGUCGUAGAGAGCUGGAAGAAUUGUGGCAGAAUUUGCUUAAAAUUGCAACAAGUCUCUUGUUGGGUUUGGAAUCAAGCCAUGAUUCCUCACAGGAGGAAAUGGAAAAAGUGUUCAAAUCACUUGAUUGUUUAAUUGUGUUAGCAACUGCUACUGUUGUCUCCAACAAAUUACAAAUACCACCUUCUCUUUUGGAAAUGUCUAUUCUUUUGCAUGAUUUACUUUUAUCAUUGCCUGAUACUGCUGAUAAUUUGAAGAAUAACUUCUCAAAAUUGUUUGAAACAUUUUGGACAAAGGAAAAACCAGGUCGAGAAUAUGUUUUUGAAAACACACUUCACUAUCUAUUUCAAGUAAAUCUGAAAUCAAAAUCUACUUUGAAAACAAUGAAGAGACUUUGGCAGCUACGCAGUGCUUUUCCUUUAAUUAAGUUUGAUGAUCCUUCUUCUCAAGAUCUAAAGAAUUUAAUUUGUGAAAGUUUGGUUAGUCCAUCAUUUAUGAAAAAAGAAGAGGGUGUACGUGUACUAGGCUCUAUAUUGCCAUUGAAUCUUGAUUUUAUGAAAACCUGUCAUGAAGUCAUAAAGAAAAGUUUGGUUACAGUUCCGAAAAAUUUUAUUCCAAAAUAUGGACCAAUUUAUUUCCGUGCUUGGCAAAUGAGUAAUGAAGAAGCUAAAUUGAAAAUUGAAACUGGAAGCAUUCAAGAUAUUAUGUACAAUGCAAUUCAUGCAUCUGGUAUUCAAUUAGUGAAAGAUUUGAGAAAAAUUAUAGCCUACAUACACAGGCAGAAAAAACAGAAAGGAGUUGCUGAAAUGUUACACCGUCUCUAUGCGCCACUUUUAUGGAGGUCUUUAAAGGCAGCUAAUUCUGUGGUCCGUCUCAAUUCAUUGUUUCUCUUUAUUGAUGCAUUUCCCAUCCAGAAUCCUGCUGGUGGAAUACAAGAAAACAACGAUCUACUUCAAAAUCAGUUCAAUGCUUUUGAUAUUUUAUUAAUGGAUCCCUGUCCAUCAAUUCGAAGUCGUACUAUUUUGGGAGUUUGUCAAAUCUUAUCUGCUUAUUGGCAAAUGAUACCAAAAGAAGUAACUAGAACUUACAUUACAACUUUAAUUGAAGACUUAGCAUGGGACAAUAGUUCUGCUGAAGUGCGUGAAUCAGUGCUAAAGGGUAUUGUUCUCCUUUUUAACUGUCAUUAUUGCCAUCUGAUUCUACAUCCCAUUCUUCCUGAGCUCCAGAAUCUUUUUCAUGACUCAUCAGAGAAAGUCCGUAUUGCUAUGGUCAAUCUACUUAUAAAAGUAAAAGGUUUACGUAAGGUUAAGUACUGGUCUAUUGUACCUGUUGAGCAUUUGCUUGCACGGUUGGCUACUGAUUCUCAACCUGUAGCUCGACGUAUUAUGAAAGUUAUAUUCAGCAAUUUCCUCCCACUUGAUAAAACAGUUGAAGUUCAAAUCAUUCGGAUUAUCUCACUGAUAGAAAGCAAUCCACAAGCUGCACGCAUAUUUUUCCAACAUGCUCCAAAGUUUAUGUCUUUAGAGCAAGUGGUUUCUUUCAUUGUGUUAUUGUGCUCAUGUAUUCUUCGCCAUGUACGUGAUAAGAAGCAUGCUAAUGAUGAUUCCAUUCUUGACAGUGAAAUGCCUAAGGACAAAUCCAGUGAUUUAGAAGAGGACUGUGGAAAUGAAGCUGUGUCUUUUGAUUUAGAGAAGAAUAUAAUUCAUGGCUUUCUGGAUUCUAUCAUUAUAUUGUGGACUGUGAUUGAACCAGAGUUUGCUAAGACUACCAACCAUGUAUUAAAAGAGAAGUUGGAUAAAAUAUUUUCUAAAGCACUUUCUAUAAUGAUGAGAGAAUUUAAGGAUUCUCAGCUGAGGUCAGCAUUAAUCAUAAUUGCAGGGAAACUGCCUCCUAAAUUAGUACCAUAUCUCAGCCACCAGUGUCUCUCUAAACUACAGAAAUUAAGUGAUACAGAUUCCGUAAAGGAAGACUUUUCAGCAUUAAUUCAGACGACUUGUUCUUGGGGACAGAUGAAAGGUUUACUUGACUUAAUUCAAGAGUGGCUGACAGAUGGCAUGAAAACAAAAUUAAAUUCCUCCUUAAAUUCUAAACAAUCUAAAAGAAGUCAACAGGUACGAUUUCGAGAAGAAGUAAUUCCAAAACCUAUGCUGGCUUUGAAAUUCUUGCUAUUUGUUAUAGAGCAGCCAAAUUGUCGUGCUCUUCUCCUCAAUAAAUACCAGUCAAAUAUCAUUGGUAUCCUGGAGCAACUCAAAUUUGUACUGAAUUUAUUAGAACAACGCCUGACUGUUGGCUUGAAAAGGUUGCAAUAUGCAGAUGAUACUUUCUUGCAAGCAGCAUAUUAUCUUUAUAUUCGAAUAAAUCUCUUGCUUUAUGUUGGGGUUCACUCUGAAAAUGAUGAAGGAAUUGUUGUCAGUUUGGAAGAAAUAAUGAAGCAGUUUUGUACAUGGGCACAAAAUAUAAUUGUACCUGUCUUCAAUAAUCAAAAUUCAAGUGAAAAAGCAAUCAGAAAAAGACAUUCCUCAGAUAGCAAAGAAAAUAGCAUUACAUUCUCUUGUAAUUUACUUGAGCACCUUUUUACUUUGACCCACACAUAUCUACUGAUGUUUAAAAUAAAUGAAACUCAGUAUUAUCUUCUUAGUGAACUGUUCCACUGCUGUUUUACUAAUGUGCAUAGUCUUAAACUGCUUCCAAUCAUUAUCAAAUGCCUGAUUCAAAUUGUAUCUGUCAACUUAUCCACAAAUCAUGAUAUUCAACAAACAAUACAUGAAUCAUUUAAGUUCUUAUUAGAAACUCUUGUAGCAUUGGCUACAAGUAAGUCUGACACACCUACACUAACGCUGAUUUUGAAUUCUUCAAGGUUACACAUGUCAAAUCUUCUAUCAACAAUCUAUGAAUUUUCUACUCACAGAGGAACAAUGUUAAGUUGCUUCUUUCAGACUAUUUUAACUGCAAUUCUUUCAGAACUUUCUUUUGCUAGUGAGCAGAAUGACAUCAAUGAAGUGCCUUCAAAUUUCCAGAAUAUAAAGCUUGUAUCACUAUGGCUACUGAAUAUUAUUUUUAAAAAACCGUUUUUAAUAAGGUAUUUUUUAAAGGAACUUCAUACAUUUACCCAAUCAAAACCAGAUACAUUUAAAAACUACCAUCAAUUUUACAGUCUUUUAUAUCUGCUUAAUACAUUAAAUUACAGUCCUAAAUGCUUCAAAUCUGAAAUGAAAGAUCUUUGGUUAUAUAUCAAGCAAUCUGACAUUUUCCCUUCUCAGACAGCUCUUGAUGCUGAGGAUGAUAUAUCAGAGGAGGAGAAAGUAGGAGUCAACCAGGACUAGCAUAAUCCAUGAUUAUGUUUUUUAUACUGAUGUUGUGGUGUCUUUAUUUUGCUAUAGUGAACAUUUACAAUGUUGCUAGAUAUCCAUUUGCUUUGAUUAUGAUUUGGUAUUAUUUGUUAUAGUUAACUGAAAGUAUCUUUUUAAAAUUCAGUAUAAUUAAUAUGAUGUACGUGCAAGUUAAAAUUUAAACCUAG